AUGCAUUCUCUCAAAAUUCAACUAAUUUUCAAAGACUCUGAUGUGAAUGAUCCAACUGUCAUCGACGAUUCGGAUCUUAUUAAGAAAGUUCCCGUUUUUGCCAGAUCUUUGAACCCUUAUAAUUUGGAUUGGAAUACCAUGAAACCAGUCAAAACUGAACCACUCAAAAUCAAGUUCUCAAAAGAAGCCGGAGAAUUUAUAUUCGCGAAUUUCCACAGUUACAAAUAUCCAGAAGACGAUGCCAAGCUGGAAGACUAUCCAGAAGCCAAUGAGAAGAAUCUUGAAGAAUUGAAAAUAAUUAUCGAAUUGGCCAACUUUCUCGAAUGCGACGAUUUCAGAAAAUGUAUUGGAUUUGUGAUUGCAAAGAAAUUGGAAUCAAAGACAGCUCAAGAAAUUGUGGAUUACUUGGGAUUGGAGUGUAAUCCGAAUGAUUUGGACGAUUCGUGGAUUCAUCCAAAACUAGAGACAGAGGAGUAA